CCUCCUACCUGCGGGGCACUGGAGUAAACAGUUUCAGUGAGACGCUGACCUUGUUCGUUAACUUAUAAAUACAUCCCGAUAAGCCCCGCCCAUCGCCGGGUGGCCAUCUAGUCCCAGUGCAUUACGAGAAAGUGAAUGAAGAAAACCCUCCCAGAACCAGGAUGUUGUCUUUGGCCACGUUAGGCCAAACUGGAGCCCGACGAGUUGUGACCGUGACUCGAGGGAGAUUUAUGAGGGAUGGCAGGUGCCAGUUCACUCGUUUCUCAGAAUCUCAUUAUGUUCCCAGGACCAGACAUUUCAGAUGCUUUAGUGCCACAGCUGCUCAUCUGAAUGCUUCAUCAUCAGCUACGCCCGGUCAGAAAACACCCUCCUACAGUUAUGUCAUCAUUGGGGCUGGGUCAGCGGGCUGCGUUCUUGCCAACCGCCUCAGUGAGGAUGCCCAUGAGUCUGUGCUGCUGCUGGAGGCUGGGCCUAAGGAUAUGCUGCUGGGCAGCGUACGACUGUCAUGGAAGAUCCACAUGCCGGCUGCGCUGACCUACAACCUCUGUGAUGAGAAGUAUAACUGGUACUACCACACUUUACCUCAGGCCCACAUGGACAACCGGGUGAUGUACUGGCCAAGGGGCCGUGUCUGGGGCGGGUCUUCUUCACUCAACGCCAUGGUGUACAUCCGCGGACACGCUGAAGACUACAACCGCUGGCAGAGAGAAGGGGCUGAGGCUUGGGAUUACGAGCACUGUCUGCCUUACUUCAGGAAAGCUCAGUGUCAUGAGCUGGGAGAAAACCGAUACCGUGGAGGCAGCGGACCUCUUCACGUGUCUAGAGGCAAGACCAACCAUCCCCUUCACAAGGCUUUUAUUGAAGCGGGGCAGCAGGCCGGAUACCCCUUCACCGAUGACAUGAAUGGAUACCAACAGGAGGGUCUCGGCUGGAUGGAUAUGACCGUUUAUAAAGGGAAGAGGUGGAGCACAGCCAGUGCCUACCUGAGACCCGUCCUGGGUCGAUCCAACCUGAAGACUGAGGUGCGCUGCCUCACCACCAAGAUCCUGUUUGACGGCACCCGCGCGGUGGGUGUGGAAUACACGCAGAAUGGACAAAAGAAAAGGGUGUUUGCAGAUAAAGAGGUAAUACUGAGCGGAGGAGCAAUCAACUCCCCACAGCUUCUCAUGCUGUCUGGGGUAGGAAACGCUGAUGACCUGAAACAACUUGACAUUCCUGUUGUUCAACACUUACCGGGUGUUGGCAGUAACUUGCAGGAUCAUUUGGAGCUGUACGUCCAGCAGCAGUGCACUCAGCCCAUCACCCUGUACAAGGCCCAGAAACCUUUCCACAUGGUCAAGAUAGGCCUGGAGUGGCUCAGCCUGUUCACCGGCUAUGGAGCUACAGCCCACUUGGAGAGCGGAGGGUUCAUCCGCAGUCGGCCACACGUCACACACCCCGACAUCCAGUUCCACUUCCUGCCUUCGCAGGUCAUUGACCACGGACGAGUUGCCUCUAAGAUAGAGGCGUAUCAGGUUCAUGUCGGACCAAUGAGAAGCGCAAGUAUCGGCUGGAUGAAGCUGAAGAGCGCCAAUCCUCUAGAUCACCCGAUUCUGCAGCCGAAUUAUCUUUCCACGGAUAUUGACGUGUGGGAGUUCAGGGAGUGCGUCAAACUCUCCAGAGAGAUCUUCGCUCAGAAGGCCUUUGACAUGUUCCGUGGGUCCGAAGUCCAGCCCGGUCCUCAGGUCCAAUCCGACGCCGACAUCGACGCUUUCGUCCGCCGUAAAGCUGACAGCGCCUACCACCCGUCCUGCACCUGCAAGAUGGGCUCACCUUCUGACCCGAUGGCAGUCGUCGACUCCAACACCCGCGUUCUCGGUCUGGAGCGGCUGCGCGUGGUCGACGCCUCCAUCAUGCCCAGCAUCGUCAGCGGCAACCUGAACGCUCCGACCAUCAUGAUAGCAGAGAAGACUGCUGACCUCAUCAGAGGUCGCCCUCCUCUUGUCGACCCAGAGGUUCCCGUGUACCAUCCGCCGACACUCAACACACAGAGAUAAACCAAGAGAGCGAGGAGCUGAAGGAGAGGAGUAACAGCCGGCGCCAUUCAGCACUCGAGUAAAAGGGUACGUGUGGAUCAGAAAGAGUUCACAACAUAAUCAGUCAUUAGACAACAACAGCAGUGUAUUGUGUGUUUGAUCGGGAGCUGAUCACUUUGCCUUUGAUCUAAUAUCGUAAAUGAAUAAUGUGAGCGUGUUGUCUUGUUGAUUUGCACACAACAUAGCGUAUCAGUGUUAGAUGUGUCACUGUUGCACACUAUUAAUUAUGAAGGGCUGAUCUACAUGAUCUAAAUUAAAGGCCAUAAUGGUGUUGAAUGCAGUUGAUUUUAGCAGUUUACCUCUCAGACAUCGUUUAUGUCUUAAGUAAUCUUAAAACUAAUGUGAUGAAACUUUCAGGCACCCUGAUAAUGGUUCUUUCUCCUGCUUAGUUUGGGAAGCGUUCAGUGACUAAAACCAGCUUUUAGCUCAGGUUAACUGAGGUGACUCCUCAGAUUGGACCAGCCAAUUCAGUUGAUUUUACUUCUAAUUUGGCUAAACUUUAUAGAAUUUACUUACAACCACACUAAAACCCCUUUUCUUGCCUCAUUGUUUUAAAGUUAGACAUUUAUAAAGUUCAGCCGUGUGCUGGAACUUUCUGAUGGCACGAUACGGUUGCUAGGAAGAUUGCUGAGCAAUCGCAAAUCCACUGCGAAUGUAAUGGAAAAUGCUGCAUUAAUAUGACUUAAUUUGCCUAGUAUUGCCUUGUUCAAUAUGAACAAUGCCCCAACUUUGAUAUGUUUGUAUGUGUUUUGUGUUAGUUGUGUUGCACACUCUGAAGUUGAUAUGACUUACAAACUGCACAAGACUACAGUCAAAUAUAAGCCAUAUAAAACAGCUGCAACACAAACAAUGCCUUAACCCUGCUUCCCAUUAAAACUGACACAUGUUUUCAAUGUUCUAGUAUCACAAUGGAAGAACGUGACUUCUACCACAACAACAGAACAGCUAUAUAUUAUAACUCACAUGCUUUUUAAAUGCCUUCUUUUUUUCACCCCACUGCAUUUCAAAACCACUUUCUCAUCAGCCUUCAUAGAUUGCGAUUUCAAAUGUUGAGUGAUCGUUGUUGUUGCUAAGUGACUCAUUAUCAGCAACCCUUGGUUUCAGGCAGAGUGUUAACCCAAGCAGUCUCAGUAGCAGUUUUUGUUUGUCUGGCCAGAUCAUUUAUCACCACCUUCCUGAAAAAAUGCAGAUUCAGCCGCUUGACAAAAAUACUGGUUUGUCGCACACACUAAGAGAGAUUUCACACUAGUCUUUUUGGAAUUUGGUCAUAUACAUUGUUUUUAAACCCAGGUUAAGAGAAACCAUACCAGACUCAGUUUAACUGUGGUAGGAUCCAUGUGCAGUCACCAACUUCAAUCCUCACUCCCACAGGAAAAUGUAUGUGUAUUUUUGUGGUGAAACCGUUGUUUGAGGUAUUAUUGUAUUGAUGAUGAGACAACAGUAGAGAUAAAAUGCCUAAGACAGUUGAGAAUUUUUCCUAAGAACUCUUGGGCUCUUUUUUACAGCCGUGCCUGCAUAACUUCCGCCUUUUCCUUGGUACAUGCUCAUCACCGAUCUUGUUUUCUGGCAGUUGUAGCGCACAAGCACACACUGCUGCUCCAGACAAGUGGAUUGUGGGUCAGAACAGUAGUAAAAAGUGAUGACAAUCGAACGCACAAACCUGGAGUUGCCUUUUUGCAUUGCCACCAAACGUGAUUUUAUAUCACAAUCAAAGUAUUGACAUGAAGCAGUUCAAGUACCAAUAUUUUUAAAUAGUCUUUGUGUAGUCUUGCAUGCGUACAGGGGAGGAAUAAAACUGAUCCUCUGUGUGAGCUCUGUCAUGCUGUUGAUUGCUUUGAGUGAUCUUUUUCAUAUAUAAAGGUAUUCCACCUUUUGGUUCAGGCCAGUCUGCUUGUGGUUUAAUGUAAGUAGCAAAUUAUAGCUCAGAAUAUCCAAUCUAUAGAUACUGUGUUAAAAAUACUCUUGUAUGUAAAAUAUACACUAUAAAGCAAAUCUUUAGCUUUUUUAAAUGUUUUGUGGAUGUUUACAAAGAAUCUUUUGAAGAUGAUUAUGUAUACCUGAUCAGAUAAUACCAUUGGUGCCUCUAGAAUCAUUAUGUUCUGAUGUCAAUGUCAAUUACCGUAGAUAUACAGUAUGUGACUGAUGAAGUCUGUUCCACUUUGGUCCAGCCAGGACUAAUAUAUGUUGGUAUCUUCAAUCUGAAGUAUUGAUUUAAAUCAUUUUUUUGUUAUCAGCUCUAAUGGAAUCAGCACAGUGCCAGAAUGCAUUAUAAUCUUAUUAAGCAUCGCACUACACUAUGAAGUAUCUUCCUUUCUGUGACAAUUAAUGUUUACAUUAUAUGCAGUGUUGUACGAUAUUACUUGAAUUUUUAACUCAUUUGUGUCCCAAUGAAGGAGUAACAUGUUGAUUGUAAAGGGAAAACUAGUGUGAAAUUUCUUCCAGCCUUUAUGUUUGCAUGUGUUUUUUUUUUUUUCCUCUUGAUUGUAAACAAACACUUUUCAGACCGUCCUGACCUUGUCCUCGUGACUUUAUUCAGUGAUCCUUACAAAAAUCCUCAGCAGGUUAAUUUCAGGCAAGAAUUCAAAUGUACAAAACAGGGUUUUUGUUUUCCAUUGGUACAAAAUCUAUAAUAUAAGGUACUAGAACUUAUGCUACAAAGUAGAUGGAGCUAUAUUUUUUAAUUUCCAUACAACAAAUGGGUAGAAAGCAGAAAUCUUCAAGUUCAUCACUUAUUUUUUUUUACGAACACUGUACAGAUUUCAUACAUUGUCAGUUCACCUGUAAAGCAGUGGAACAGUACAAAAAAAUAAAGCUGUCAGUCGCACAACAAA